AUGGCAUUCUCAUCCGUACGCAGGUGUUGUGCUUUCGGUGUCCUACUCGUUGUCCUUCCAUUGCAGGCGACUGCAGUGAAGAUAUGGGACAGCCCAGCUGCCCUGGGAACCGCCAUUCCAGCCGGCUGCCGUGGAGCUCUAACGACCAACAUAACAUGCCCGGCGAAGUUGAUCACCGCCGCUGAGAUCGUGAACGAGGUCCCCCAGAAUGAAACGUUUCUUGAACAAUAUUGCGAGGCCACCUGCAGAAACUCGCUUCAGAGCUUCGCAACGCUUGUCAACACCCGCUGCGGCAAUACCGUGUACUCCUUCGGCAACUCGACGAAGCAGUCUGGCAAUGACAUCGCAGUCCCCUUGCUGUGGGCGCAAAACGUCGCAUGUCUCGAGGAUUCCACAACCCGUUCGCUAUGCUUGCCGUCGAUUACAAACCAUACCGCUCAAGCCUGUGACGACUGCACACUCCAGUAUUUGGCUGGCUUGCUUAACUCCACCUACGGGCACCGGAGAGUGAGUGAGGGCUCGUUCUCCGCGCUCGCUUCAUCCUGCAGCGUGGCCCCGACGGCAUAUCCCCAUAGCACCGUCACGUUCCCCCCUGCGCCCACCAGCACGUCCAAUUCAUCAGCACCGUGUUUGGGCACCGAAUACACCGUGGCCCAAGGGGAUACCUGCGCGUCCAUUGCCCAGGCGAACAAUAUUGCAUACUAUCGCCUUCUGAGCGACAACGGCAUCGACCUGAAGUGCGAGACCCUCACGGUGGGCACCAAAUUAUGCGUGGGUGAUAGCUGCACGCUCCACACGAUUGCGGCGAACGAGACCUGCAAGGAUAUCCUCGCCGGUAAGGACUUCACCAUCACCGAGCUCCUGGCCUGGAAUCCGAUCAUUCACAGGAGCUGUGAUAACCUGGCUACGCUGGUGGGCCAUACUAUCUGCGUCUCACCCCCGGGCUCCGGAGACUGGGAUAUCCCCAUUACGGUGACUUACAACGAAACCUGGACAGUGCCCACGGGCGACUGGGUUGCGCUGCCUUCUGCCGCCGAGGCCUCUAAUGUGACCCGCACGGAUCCAUAUGCCUUUGGCAGCGUUGGGACCGUGACGGCGACAGCGAACAUGACCUAUUGGAGCCUGGGAGCGUCCCGGAUCACGGACUGCCCGGUGAAAGACCAGGAUAUUGAGGACGGAUUCGACUGGGCCCUGAUGCCGGAGGAUUGCAGCAGCAGUAUGGAGCCGUAUUGCACGCCUUUUCUCGACGAGCCUGCGCCGCCCUCGACCACCUUUGCCUCCAGCUGUCUGCCUAGUGUAAUUAUGGGGUGGUAA